AUGCGAACUCUCUUUCUCAAUCACACCAUUUUCAUUGUGUUGAUUCAACUCAUUGGAACAUCCAAGGCAGAGAAACCUCCUGCACUCAUCCAGUUUAGCUUUUCAAGCGAGCAAUGUCGCAAUGGUACAUUUCAAAAUGUUGGAGCUGAAUUUGAAUCUUCACCACCCUUUUUCAUACAACGAAAUGAAAGAACUACGGGAUGUCCUCCUGGAAUGGGGGUAGAAGCAAGCGACAUGUUUGCCACUACUACUACUGCCAAUGCCACCGACGUUGCCUACCUUCAAACCUCCCAACCAUUGGUAGCACUGCUUCAGCAGAAUUCUACGAGCGCAGUCUCACUUAGCCUAUGGAUUCAGAUUCCCCAAACCGAUGUAGACACGCAAACCGGUCCUCUGUUGGCCAUUGGUCAAGCUGAAACUGAACAGCAUGAUGGUGAUGAAGACUUCCAAACGACGGAAUGUGACGUAAAGCAGGUGGACUUUGAAUUGUCCAUUCGCAAUGGAAACGUUGUGGAGCUCUUGUAUCGCACGAAUGAUCCCUAUUUUGAACCCUGUGCUCGUAUGCGUGUCACCGAGUUGCCAUUGCUUCGAGGAUUGAAUCACAUUGCGGUCGUCUUGGAGGAUGGUCAUCAACAGGUCUUUGUCAAUGGCAUGUCCAGCAUUAGUCGCAAUGACCCCUUUGAUACAAGAUUACGUCACUGGAAUGAGGAGAGUUUGCUCUACAUGUUUUCCUUUCCAGGAUACAACUAUCCAGCAUGGCCAGGACGACUGUUGCACCUAUCCAUUAACACAGAAGAGUGGAAUGGCAACGACUUUCUUGCCGAUAUGGCAGAGGGGCUGCCGGAUGCCGAGCCGAUUGCCAAUUCUAUAAUGUACCGAAUGGAUGAAGACGCCAACGUGAUCUCGGAAGACGUCUUGUCGCCCGUAGAGCACAAUACCCCCGCAAGUCUGCAAUUGCAAGUUGAGUAUUUGAAUCAUGACGUGAGCGCACUAUUGAAGGCACUCAAUGCGACACAACCUGCGGUGCUGCUACAAGAGUUGAAAUACUACAUUAUUCAGCCUCCAUCUCGUGGUGCACUUUACCAAGUGGAUGGGCCAAAGCAAACCAAAGUUUCGUCCACUGAGGGUGCCCCAAUUUCGAUUCUUGGACCAAACCUAUUCUACCUUCCGCCCCACAAUGAACAUUCGGAAAUGCCAGGCUCCAUUUAUGAUUCUUUUCAAUAUUGCGUUUCCAAGGAAGCAAUCUUUGCUUCUUCACAGUGCCAAUCAAUGGGAACCAUUGACAUUGUCGUGGAUUCGGUGAACGAUCCACCAACAACCUCGAUUAGUGAUGUGCCAUAUCUUGUGCACGAAGGUAUUCAUGAAGAAAUCAAGGGUCUAUGGUUAGGAGGACAUGAUGUGGAUCGGAACGAUGGAAUCGCGGCAAUUCAAGUGACAGAACCACCCAAACAUGGAUUCUUGUUCUUGAGUGUCCCAACGGCUCGCAAGGAUGGACUCGUCCAUGGGACACUGCUCGCAGAUCUUAACCAUACUAUCUUGGGUCAAGAAGUCUUUUUGGAAUAUAGAUACACUGGUGCGAACCAGGUAGUGCAAUCGACCAUGGUACACGACAGUUUUCGGUUUCGAGUCCAGGAUCGGAACGGUGCUUGGUCUGACGAAGCCGAAGCUGCAAUUUGGACCAUGCCGAGUCUUUCCAUUGGAGAGCCGAUGGAAUUCCAUGCCAACGAAAUGGAACCAUUAAUAAUUAGAAUUGAAGGUCAAGAUGAAUCUGGAUUGGACCGCUCGAUUGGCUACUUCUUUGAAGCACUGCCAAGUGAAUCCCAUGGGACUUUGUUUGACGAACAAUCCAAACGACUCACCGCCAACAAAGUCGUCCUACCAAGCCUGGCAGAACCUGGACUAAAACUGAAAUUUCGACCAUCUCACGAUGCCUGCUCGGAUCCUAUGGUUUCGACUGUGAAUGCCACAUUUGCCUACCGAGUGGUGGCUCUUUCUUCAUCCAAGACAGUGACCAGCGUUUCUUCCAUCAUGGCACACCAUAUUCUGGUGAAAUGUGCGGUAGAUCCAUUACGAUUGUCGAUUGGCGAUGAUAGAUACAGAAUCGAAGCAUUCUCUGGACCAGCCGAUGAUAUUUGCAGUGGCUAUGCCUACAAUGCAAGUGUGAGCAAUUUCUCAAAUUGUACAUCUGCUGCUGUCAUCACCACCAUCAAGGUGAAAGCUUCCAAAAGACACACGUACCGUGCACUUAUUUCCAUUGAAGCUUCGGAAGGUUUCCUAACUCUAGAUCGAAACCAAAGAAGUCGGAUCGGUGCAAUCCGCGGUCCAGUUGAAAUGCGACGAACCGUCGACUUUCUCGCUUUCCCAAGCGAUUUGGAAGAAGUUCUCGGAAACUUGCACUAUCAGACAGCGAUUCCGGGAAAUCACAAGAUCAAAAUCAAUAUCAAGAGUUGCGAAGACGGAAAUCCUUUCGAGACUUUAAACUCUCGUGAUUGCCAUGUAUCCACAGCAUCAAUUUCCAUUGAAGCUGUCGAACCUGAAAUGAAUUUAUCGGAAGACAAGCUUUACACCAAAUUUCCAUGGUUCUCACUGUCUUUUACAUUGACCAUGCUUUUUCUGUUCAAGUCCAAAGGAAAAAUGCGCGAGGCCCUGGAGGAGUGGAAGGAUCCUGACGAUGGUGUCUAUCAAUGGAGGGAACACUACGAUGCUUCCACUGGCUACUACUACUAUGAGAAUUUGGAAGAUGGCCGAGUUACCUGGCGAGCCCCACUCAAUGAGGGUAUUCUUCCAUCACCAGAACGAGGACUGCCAGCUGCUUACACCGAUCCUUGGGGCGAUGAUGGAUUAUCAGAAACAGGGUCAUUGAUAUCAGUUUCCUUGACGGAAGCAUGUGAUUCAGACGACGAAUUUACAUUGGACGAUGCAUCCGUGAACAGCUUGACUUUCAUUACGUAA